AUGUUUUGCGGGUAUGGCCGGGAUUUCGGGAUCGAGAAUUCGAGAAAAGGACCAAUGGAGGGCCUGGAAAGGGGAAUGCAGACUGGACAGUGGAGAGCAGAUAUUAUCUCGGCUGCUGGCAUAUACAAGGUGGAAGGUGGUAAUAGUGGGAGGUUGGUGCAACAUAGGGACGACAUUCCGAUGCUCUGCACAGCGGGGAAUCUGUCCAUGAAGGAGGAGAACUUGGAGAUACUCUUGAACGCGACUUCAUGUCCUGAUGGAACAUACAGAUCGCUCGAAAUUUUCUAUGGUCCAAUGUCCAAAAGCAGAGCACACACACAUCCGUCCCCUGAGUCAGGAGUAAUGGUGUGUAACGGCCACAGUCGAGGUAACCACUGGAUCGCAUAUACCGACGAGCGGGAAUUUCUAGCAGGCACAAUGAGCGAAUCUUCUGCAUGUACCCGCUAUCUGAAACGAGAGACCGUAAGGUCUAGCGUCAAUGACAGAUUGAAAGGUUGCAGUGGUGGUGUGGUGAGAAUCUUCGGCCCGGUGCAGCCGGUGCACGCCAACCCAUGUCAACAAGUCAACAGCACGUUCAACAGACAAUCAAGUUUGUUUUCGCUCUUUGUCGGUGACCAUAUGAUCUUCUCAGAUUCCAGCUGGGUUAUUACUACGCCUGGCAUUGAGGUGGCUGUUUACAAUACCAACCAAGACGAUGCGUCAAAGGUUGCUCUGAUUCUUACCAUCGGCUUUCCGAAGUCUGUGUACCCGGACUACUAG